GGGCAGCGGCGGGGGCGGCCCCGUCCGGCAGAGAGCCGCGCGGCAGAGCUCCGUUGGAGUCCCCGGCGGUCCGUGGAGGAAGAGGAUGCCGGGGCUGUAGUGAAAGGGCUCUGACCAGCUACUAGAGAAAAGAGAAAGUGAAGUCAAACUUUUAAGUCUGAGAAAGAGGAAGGCGCCACUACAGAAUAAGAAGUUUCUGACAACUUUACCUGUUGGAAGUCAUAGAACAAGAUCAUAGAACAAACCAAUGAGAAAACCUCAACUUUUUGGAUGUGCUAUCGAGUGGAUGUAUCUUUGGCAUGGAUUACGUGUUUGGUCUUCUACAACCUGAGGCAAUGAUGGAUGUGCUAUGUAUGAUAGAAGAAUUAAUUGUUGGAAGAGACAAGUAGAAAGGACUACACCACAUUAAGAAGAUGGUUUAAAAAUGUUUGCAUUUCUUGCCAAUAACAUACAACCAAGAGAGCCUGGUAGUCCAACAGUAAAACAACAACAAAGUUGUUUCUUUUUUUCCCUGGUUCAAAAAGAGCAAGUAGUCAGUGUGUGUUUUAUCAUGUGUUUCUUGAUUAUUUAGCACUGACUUUUAUUAUGCAGAAAUAAUGGAGCGAGGAUUGGUAGACACUCCCUCCCCACCACACAUUCAGCCACUAAAGACUGUCAAGAUGACCUCUGAAGAGUUGACAGCUUCUGUUCUGGUGUCUGUCGUGCAGGGUAAAGUGAUACCUGCUCAGUCAGCUGGAGAUGAAAAUACUGAAAAUGCUUUGGACACCAGUGUUAUAAAAAGACACACUGCCAGUCCAGGAAGGCAAACCACACGCGCUGUCUCAUACUUACACAGACUGGAAGAAGAAAGUCUUCAGGGCUCAGUGCCCAAAAUAUUCACUUUGACAAAUAAACAAAUGACCUGAUAACAAUAUUAACGAGAACUUCUGGGAGAGGAACAACACCAUCUCUGAUUCAGUGAAGUUUCUUAACAUUAACUGUAACAUUGUGCAGAAAAACUACAAGAGCAAUAUCCCAUGUGGUCAGUUGUAUAAAUCUUGUGGCCCUUUAGCAGGGGGAGAGGCGUGCCUAGAAACUGGAAUUCCUGUUUCACUGGAAAGAGCUAUGCUUGCUGAAAUUCAGUUGAAAAUGAAUGGACCUUCAUUAAGAAGCCAGACAGCAGUAAAGAAGAGCGAUGGCACUGAUACCGAUGAAGUAGCCUUUUUUCACUUUCAUUGUGCAAGUGAAAGGAAUAUAUCAAAGGCUUUGUGCCAAUUGCACAAUGGCUUCAUAUUGAAUGACUGCUUACAGCCAGUAGGUGUUGGCAAUAGUAGCGCUACUGGCUCCCCAGCAUGCACUUGCACGUUAGUGGAGUUGACAAACAAUUGUGAGAAUGAAAAUGGGCAACACUUGUACGACGACACUUUAAGGGAUAAAUACUUCUGCCUGGAAAGAGCACCACGAAAGGUUAAAGUGGCGUGCUCGGGUCACAGCUUCUUUGGAAACAACUUUACUGGAAGGAUGCCCUUCAAAGCCCUUUUUGAGCCAUUUUGAAGACUGUAAUGAUAACUGUGAAGAAGAGAAUGGAGGAGGAUUUUUUUAGAAGCAAAAAGGAACGUUCCACAUUAUUAAUAAGACGCUUCUGUAAAAAUGAUAAGGAGGUUAAAAAAUCAGUUUAUACUGGAACAAGAGCGAUUGUUAGGACUUUACCUUCAGGGCACAUUGGAACUGUUGCUUGGAAUUACGUUGAGCAGAGGAAAAACAACAGUGCCUUGAAGCGUUCUAGGAUUACAGCAGAACAGCUAACUAUAAUUCAGAGCUUGAUAAAGUGGGAAUUUAAUUCCUUUCUUGAGACCUCUUUAUUGUAUGAGAUCCUCAAUACCGUGAGAGAAGAAGGAGCAGAAGACAUCUUUGAAUAUUUUCCUCAUCUAUUGGGAAAACUCCCAUCCUUAGAUACAGCCUGUAUAUGCAAAGGUGAUGGUUUAUGUGUAAAACCAUGUGCAACAGGUGCUUUCUGUCAGUAUCGUGCCACUUUACAGAGGACUGCGCUCUCUAACUACAUAACUGGUGCUUUACUAGAAGCAACUACAUCAUUAGGAGCAAGAAGUGGUCUUCUAAAUAUCUUCGGAGGAUCAGCUGGAAGAACAAUGCUUAAAGAACGUCAAGCGUGUACAUCUAUGGCUGGCUCCAGUGUCCUUCCCUCCAACGUGGCUGGUAUCAGCAAGGAGCUUAUCGACCUGCAGCACCUCAUUCAGUUCCCAGAGGAGGUUGCCAGCAUUCUCACUGAGCAGGAGCAGGAGCUCUACCGGAAAGUCUUACCCAUUGACUACCUCUGCUUCUUAACCAGGGAUUUGGGUAAUGCUGAGUGUCAAAGCAAGCUUCCUUGUAUUAAAGCUUCCAUAUCUGCUACUAUUCUUUCUUCCCCAAACGGUGAACAUAAUGCUGUAGAAGAUCUUGUGACAAGAUUUAAUGAGGUGAGCUCGUGGGUUACCUGGCUGAUCCUGACUGCAGGUUCUAUGGAGGAGAAACGAGAAGUCUUCUCAUAUUUAGUACAUGUGGCAAAAUGCUGCUGGAAUAUGGGCAACUACAAUGCUGUAAUGGAAUUUUUGGCAGGACUAAGAUCAAGAAAAGUUUUAAAAAUGUGGCAAUUUAUGGACCAGUCUGACAUAGAAACCAUGCGAAGUCUGAAAGAUGCUAUGGCACAACAUGAGUCCUCAUCCGAGUACAGGAAGGUGGUCAACCGGGCACUCAAUAUUCCAGGCUGUAAAGUAGUUCCUUUCUGUGGUGUCUUUUUAAAAGAGCUUUGUGAAAUUUUGGAUGGAGCAUCAAGCCUCAUUAGACUGUGCCCACAGUAUAAUUCCCAGGAUGAGACAUUAGAGUUUGUUUCAGAUUACAGUGGACAAGAUAAUUUCUUGCAACGAGUAGGCCAAGAUGGUUUAAAUAAUCCAGAAAAAGAAUCCACAGCAAACAGUAUAUUUCAAACUAUUCGGAGCUGUAAUCGCAGUUUGGAAUCUGAAGAGGGUGAAGAUAAUCUCAGUGAAGGAAGCAAUUCGAGAAAAAACUCCUUGAAGGACAGAAACCGUUACCAUGCAGUACGUGUAAAGAAAGCUUCUGGUUCAAACCAUGUUCUAUUUAUAAUUGGAGAUCUUUCAGAUUCUGAAAGUGAUAUAUUUGAGCAGCUGAAGGACUGGGACACAAGUUCGACAGAAGAGCAACAAAAGGCUUUCUGCCACGGCAUAGAACUCAUUCCCUGGUACGUGCUGUCUAUACGAGCUGAUGUCCACCAGUUCAUGCUGCAAGGGGCAACUGUCAUCCAUUAUGACCAGGAGACACAUCUUUCAGCACGUUGCUUUCUUCAGCUUCAGCCUGACAAUAGUACUUUGACUUGGACAAAACCCACAACAGUUUGCCCAGCAAAUGCAAAAGCAAAGCUGAGUGUGCUGGGUAACGCUGCUGAGCUUGGUAAAUACCAGUUCCUUGGCAAUACUGGACUAAAUGGACUGGUGGAAGGUUUUCUAGAUUUGUUUUCAGCCAAGGCUGUGUAUAUGGGACACUCUGGCAUUGAUAUGCACACUGUGUGUGUUCAAAAUAAACUCUGUAAUAUGUCCCUUGAAGAAAAUGGUAUAACACUACUUUAUGGACUUCAGACUACUGAUAAUAAAUUGCUGCACUUUGUUGCUCCAAAAUAUACUGCCAGAAUGCUCUAUGAUGGACUGCUGGAAUUGACUAAAGCUGUAAGGAAAAUGAGGAGAUUCCCUGAUCAAAGAUUACAGUGGCUACGGAAACAGUAUGUCAGUCUCUACCAGGAGGAUGGAAGGUUUGAAGGCCCAACCUUGGCUCAGGCUGUCGAACUGUUUGGAGGCAGACGAUGGAGCACAAGGAACACAAACACAGGAACUCUGACCAAAAGCACUGAGAAACCUAGUGUGCAGAGAAACAACACUCUGGGAAUAAGUGCAGCUAAGAAAAAGAAGAAAGUACUCAUGAGGGGUGAAAGUGGGGAGGCCACUGAUGAUGAAAUGGCAACUCGGAAGGCAAAGAGCUGCAAGGAAUAUCGAAACAGAAGUGGUUCAGAUCCUCAAGAUAUUGAUGAACAAGAAGAGUCAGAUCAAAAUAUUAUUAUUAAUGCUUCUCCAUCUAACACCCUGUCAUCAAGAAGAGCUCACUCUCUGACAGCAUCUGGACCUCCUCAUUUAGGAGCUGCCACGUCCCCACCAGCCAGACCAGUGUCCUCUCCUGUAAUGUCUUCAAGCAAGAGUCAGUCGAGCACGUGGAGCAGCAGUAGCUGGCACGGCCGUGUUAAAGGAGGAAUGAAGGGGUUCCAGAACUUCAUGGUUUCUGAUAGUAACAUGACUUUUGUGGAAUUUGUGGAGCUCUUCAAAUCUUUCAGCGUCCGUAGCCGUAAGGACCUUAAAGACCUUUUCGAUGUCUAUGCUGUGCCUUGCAAUCGAUCCGGUUUAGAGCCUACUCCACUUUAUACUAAUUUGAAGAUUGAUGAAAACAGCAUUGGAUUCCAACCUGAUUUAGAUUUAUUGACUAGGAAUGUUUCAGACCUUGGUUUGUUCAUUAAGAGUAGGCAGCAGUUGUCAGAUAACCAAAGGCAAAUAUCUGAUGCUAUUGCUGCUGCCAGCAUUGUAACUAAUGGUACUGGAGUGGAGAGCACAUCACUGGGGGUAUUUGGUGUGGGCAUCCAGCAGCUGAAUGACUUCCUUGUGAAUUGCCAAGGAGAACACUGCACCUACGAUGAAAUCCUCAGCAUUAUCCAGAAGUUUGAACCCAGUGUCAAUAUGUGCCAGCAGGGGCUACUAUCUUUCGAAGGAUUUGCAAGGUUUCUGAUGGACAAAGACAACUUUGCCUCCAAAAAUGAUGAGUCACAAGAGAAUGCUGAGGACUUGCAGUUUCCACUAUCAUAUUACUACAUUGAAUCUUCCCACAAUACCUACCUUACUGGCCAUCAGCUCAAAGGGGAAUCCUCAGUGGAGCUCUACAGCCAGGUUCUCUUACAAGGCUGUAGAAGUGUCGAAUUAGACUGCUGGGAUGGCGAUGAUGGGAUGCCUAUCAUUUACCAUGGGCACACUCUUACUACUAAGAUCUCUUUUAAGGAGGUAGUUGAAGCUAUUGAUCGCAAUGCGUUUAUCACCUCCGACAUGCCAAUUAUCAUAUCCAUAGAAAACCACUGCUCCUUACCUCAGCAGCGCAAGAUGGCUGAAAUUUUCAAGAAUGUAUUUGGAGAUAAGCUGGUAACCAAGUUUUUAUUUGAGAGCGACUUUUCUGACGAUCCCAUGCUUCCUUCACCUGGGCAACUGAAAAGGAAAAUCCUGCUUAAAAACAAGAAGCUCAAAGCCCAUCAAACACCGGUGGAUAUAUUGAAACAGAAGGCUCACCAGCUGGCGCAUAUGCAAGCACAGGCUAGCAAUGGUGCUAGCAACCCCACACCUACCAAUGAAGAGGAAGAAGAUGAAGAGGAUGAAUAUGACUAUGACUACGAAUCUCUCUCUGAUGCAGAUGUCCUUAAUGCUUCUCCUGCUCCUAACAGCCAGGAAGAUAACAUUCUUGAUGACCGACCUGAGAAUAAAUUAUCAAGUGAUAAGCUGCAGUUUGAAUAUAAUGAAGAGACUGCCAAAAGAAUAAAGAAGGCUGAUUGUGCUACUUACAGUAAUAAAGGAAAGGUUUACGACAUGGAACUGGGGGAAGAAUUCUAUCUUCCACAAAACAAGAAGGAAAGCCGACAGAUAGCCCCAGAGCUAUCAGAUCUUGUCAUUUACUGUCAAGCUGUAAAGUUCCCCGGCUUGUCGACUCUAAACCCAUCUGGCUCUAGCAGAGGAAAAGAAAGAAAAAGCAGGAAGUCCAUUUUUGGCAACAAUCCUGGUAGACUGAGCCCUGGGGAGUCAGCUACUCUUGCCAAAGCAUCUGGAAAAGGUCCUUUUGAUGUGAUGCGGCAGACGUGGGAAGACCCUUCCUCUCCUUAUAAUUCUCCAGCUUCUCUCAGUGCUAUCAUAAGGACACCCAAGUGCUACCACAUCUCCUCCCUGAACGAGAAUGCUGCCAAGCGGCUGUGCCGGCGGUACUCCCAGAAGCUGAUCCAGCACACCACCUGCCAGCUCCUGCGGACGUACCCCGCUGCCACGCGCAUCGACUCCUCCAAUCCCCACCCGCUCAUCUUCUGGCUCCAUGGCGUGCAACUCGUGGCUCUUAACUACCAGACAGACGAUCUUCCCCUGCAACUCAAUGCAGCGAUGUUUGAGGCUAAUGGUGGCUGUGGAUAUGUUCUGAAACCUCCUGUUCUGUGGGAUAAGAAUUGUUCAAUGUACCAGCAGUUUUGUCCAUUAGAAAGAGAUCUUGACAAUAAGGAGCCAGCUAUAUAUUCUUUAACAAUCGUGUCUGGGCAGAACGUGUGCCCCAGCAACAGCACAGGAAGUCCGUGCAUCGAAAUUGAUGUGCUCGGGAUGCCCCUGGACAGCUGCCAUUUCCGGACCAAACCCAUUCAUCGCAACACGCUCAACCCAAUGUGGAAUGAGCAGUUUCUUUUCCGGGUUCAUUUUGAAGAUUUGGUCUUUCUUCGGUUUGCAGUUGUUGAAAACAACAGCUCAGCUAUAACGGCUCAGAGAAUCAUUCCACUGAAAGCUCUGAAAAGAGGCUAUAGACAUGUCCAGCUCCAUAACCUGCACAAUGAGGCACUGGAAAUCUCUAGUUUGUUCAUAAACAGUCGGAGGAUGGAAGAAAGUCCCUCUGGAAACACUGUGCCUGCAUCUAUAUUGUUUAGUUCAGCUGAAAGGAAAGCCUCUGUGCCUUACAAAGUGACGAUCCAUGGAAUUCCAGGCCCGGAGCCCUUCACUGUUUUUAACAUCAGCGGAGGGACCACAGCUGCACAGCUGCUCCAUCAGCUCUUGGAGACCACAAAAGGCACUGAGUCAUGUGCUGCAGACUAUUUUCUGAUGGAAGAGAAAAGUUUUUUAUCUAAAGAAAAGAGCGAAUGCAGAAAACCACCAUUCCAGAGAGUAAUUGGUCCUGAAGAAGGGCUUGUGCAGCUCUUGAACAGUUGGUUCCCAGAAGAAGGAUAUGUUGGAAGAAUCAUCUUUAAAACCCGAGAGGAAAAUUUAAAUGAGAGAAAUGUCUUUCAAGAAGCAAAAGAAGAUGCAGCCAUCACCUCGGAGGAUGACAGUUUCUUCGUUCAGGUACACGAUGUCUCCCCCGAGCAACCACGCACUGUCAUCAAGGCACCGCGCUUCAGCACCGCGCAGGAUGUCAUACAGCAGACUCUUUGCAAAGCCAAGUACUCCUACAGCAUUCUGAGCAAUCCAAAUCCGAGCGACUAUGUCCUCCUGGAAGAGGUGACAAAAGAGCCAACAAACAAGAAGUCUUCAACAUCUAAACCAUCUCAGAGGAUUCUCUCUGAUCAAGAGUGUGUGUUUCAGGCCCAAAGCAAGUGGAAGGGAGCGGGAAAAUUUAUCCUUAAACUCAAAGAACAAGUUCAGGCAGCACGAGAUGACAAAAGAAAAGGCAUUUCCUUUACCAGUGAGCUCAGGAAGCUGACCAAGUCAAGUAAGCAGUACCGGGGCUUCAUUUCACCACCCCUGCAAGUCCUGCCUGACAGCCCACAAAAUAAGGAUGAGAGGCCCGCGUGCAGCUUGACUUUUAGCGACGUUAUGGAAUAGUCACCACCAGUGCCUCCAGUACAGUUUGUGCAGAUCUGAACGAACACAUGGGAUGUCUUUCUAGGCGACAAAGGCGACACUAAAUCAACAACACAAUUCAAGCGCAACAAAGUAGAUUGUGGAAAAAUCCCAGUCACAUUCCCUCCUCUCCAGCAUUUGUUCUUUCAUUUAUUCUGCAAACUGGAAUUUACAACACUGAACCCUUCUCCAGUGCCCUUGAAGGAAUCUGCUGAGGUCUGAACUGGUUGGUAAUUGUUUGGUCUGUGCUUUUAAUGCUUAACCAGGCAGUACUUCUGGAUUAACAUCCAGAAUCUGGGAUGGCAGAUUGGAGAGCUGCCUGUCAGCUGCCCGAAGAGUCCCCUCUUCCCCUGUAUCUUCACUUCUGCAAAGUCUUGAAAGGCAGAUGAAGAAUUUUUCUUGGACUGUAUGUUGUAAACAAACAUGUUACCACCCCGCCUCCUUUUUAAACAAAAGAUUUUAGCUAAUUGCCUUAAGGGAAACCAAAGGCAGAGAACCAGAGUGUUCUUUUAUGUGUAUUAUAUUAAAAUAAUGCACUUUUACAUAAAGAUUCCUGUUGAACACUGUGUUUAGUGACUGUAAAGAGAUUUAAAUAUACUGUAACUUUCUUGGCUUAUCAGUUUAACUUUGGUAAAUAUACACAAAUUGCUCCAGUUAUUUAUGGUUUAUCUGCUUUAACAAAAUAUUGUACAGUAGUUAAAUACACCUAACUGGUAGCGAUACUUUGACAAGGAACAGCGUUAUCGUCUUAUAAAGUCUAGUUUUCCAGGCUUGUGUUUAAAGAAAGAAUAUUUAUUAUGUUCCAAAGUAUGUGUCAUUGUGUAAUAUAUUUAUCAUAUACUACUUUUUAGAAACUGCAAAAUCUUCACCUCCCUCUGGCUUUAGAGGAAAAAAAUGUUUGAACUUUCCUGCUUGUUUCUUUUCAGCACAAAAGUCGGAUACCCCAAACUCAAACAGUACUGAAAAAUGUAAUUAACACUUCCAAAUUGUAUGGAAAUAUCUACAGCUGUUUGGUUUUUUUUUACUUACUUUUUAAACCCAGAGAGCAUACACACUCUUAUACUACAACGCUCGACACUUUGUUCACAUAGAAGCACUGUUUAAAGUCUGAUGUUUGCUGAAUUCAUCUUUUGAUAUUUAAGAUAUUACGGUUGUCUCUCUUUUUUUUUUGUACUCCAUGGGGGCUUAUUAAUGUUUUUAGUUAGUUAAUUAACCUAUAUAAACCAACUUAUUGGGGAACAAAUACAACAAUUGCUGAAACCACUCAUACCUUCCGUUUCCCAUACAAAGCGUAUCUGUGGUAAGAAAGUGGCCCUGUGCACAUCUGGGCUCCUUGGAGCACUCGCUGAACCACGCAGAGUUAGCUGUCUGACUCAGGUGAGAAUCCACGCUAUAGGGAUUGAUUUUCGCUGUCACAGACUGCAUGCCAACUUUAGCACUCGAGCACAAACUGCUGCUGCUUAUGAGAGAGUCUGCAUCAGGCAAGGAAUAGAACAGCAAGAUGGUGAACCUCCUUCCUCCCCCAGUAAUUACAGAAUAAACCAAAAGAAAGCCAGCUUAUGCUCUGAUGUAUAAAUAAGCAGGUAGAAGCUACAUUCUGCCACCAGUUUCUUUUUACCAUGCACCCCUGAGAAUUCCUGUCUGUCAGCCACUAACAAGGCAGAAUGUGCCCCCUUGAGGUCAUUUCCAACCACGAGAAAAAAUAACCUCAGACCCGGUCGCAUAUCCCCUCCCUGAGGCUGUGCACCUCCCAGCGCUUAUCUUUCUUUAUACCGAUACAGAAAAACAGUUCUCUAAGUAUAAUUAAUAAUAAUAAUUAAUAAUAUCACUGAUUUUUUUCUUCCAGUGCCUUGGGAUAUUUUUAGAAAUAAAGAUUAUUUUCCUGUAGAGUUUAUCCUCAAUUAUUUGACUUCUUAUAAAAAAAAAAAAAUUCAGCAGUACUGAAAAUAGAAUUCUUAACAUCACCCUUAGCACCGUGCUUGCUCCAACACAGAACACCCUUACACCCAUUUCAUCAGCCAGUGAUGGUUUUCUUUCACAGGGAUUUAAAUAGAAAAAAUAAAUCUUGUGAAAUUCAGGGGCAACAGCAGCAGUGUCAGAGGAACUUAGGAAUAGCAGUUAAGUACUUUUUCUGCUAAUACAGUAACUCUCCAGUUGUUGGACAAGUUGAUUAAUGUACGUAUCUUCCUCAUCAGUCAAGGUCUAAAACUGCUUUUUCUGCUGUUUGUCACAGUAAAACAGAACAGGAAAAUAUUUAUCUAAAAUUUGGCAAGCUAAUUAUAAUGUUCCAGUACUUUCAUUAAUGCACAAAUAUCACAAUCUCAAGUUACAGAAAGGUUCUGGCUAGUGCCAACUGUCAGAGGGUUUUUUUGCCUGUGAAAUGCAGUUCCUGUUUUAUGCAGGUGGAAAGCAAGAAAGCUCCUUUCCACUUGUGUUCAUUCCAAAUAUCCCACUAAUGAAAAUCUGCCACCACUUAAAGCAUUAAAGAGGUCUGGGUUUUUGUUAAGUUUUAAGAAAUCUCAGUUAAAUACAGUUUAUGUGAAAAGUUAUUAAUUCUACCAGGAAAAUUUACUUUACUUAUCCACAAAUCAUCUUCCUUCUGCAGGAAUACUUGCCCACACAUUCCUCUGACAGAACAGCUUUGUCCCCUUCUGUGCUUUUGGCCGGGUAUGGACUUCAAUUAGGAAAAUACAUUCAUUUUCACAUUACAAACUAUUUACAGGAAGCAGCUUCCAGGAUAAAGUCUGAAAGAAAGGAAUGUAAAUAAGCAACACCUUCAGAAAAAAGCACUCUCAGUGGUAGCAGGCCCUGUUCUGCUGAGUUUACAGGUAAAGCCCUCAUGCUCAGUUGCCUCUUGGCCAUAUAGGAGUAUUUUAUUCAUUUUUUUUUUAAACCACUGUACUUUUAUACCAGUAUCUUGGAUUUUCCUUGCAAAGCGUGUGCUGUUUGCAGUGCUGACCGGAUGGGACAACACUCAGCCUGCCAGGGAUCCUGGGCUCACUGCGGUACUGCUCAGUUUUCAGGAACUGAGACACACCGGGGGGUAAUUGCUAUGGGCUGAAGGGUUUCCUGCUUAUUUCUUACAGAUCCCAACUUAAACAAAGAAGCAAAAUACUGUACAAUUUUUAUAUAGUGUAGUUACAAUUUUUAAAUCCUAAUCACCUACUUUCAUUGAUAGUGCAAAGUUUUACUAGACAAAGGAUCUCAACAGCCAUCUUUUCAAAGUGGUCUGCUUCCAGAAAUCAUAUGCUUCUAGGAAUUCAUUAAAAACUUCAACUAGUAAUUUGUGGGAAUGUGUUCCUGAAAUAUCCAGGAAAUAUUUGUCUUUAAAAAAAGAACUUGCCAGUAGCUUUCCAGCUCAGUGAAAGGCUGAGUCUGCAGCUUCUGAAACGGAACUCUUUCCCUUCUGCUCUUGCUCUCUAAAUGCUGCUAAGCUUCAGCUAACGUUUGUUUUUUAAUCACUGGCUCUUAGUAGACCGCUACAAAACUCAGUUUCCUUUUAGGAUAUCCCACUAAAUGUAACAAUGGUGGAGUUUUUUCAUUAUGUCAUAGAUAUUUUGUAACUGCAAUAGUGACAGACAUUUGGCAGGGUUAGCAAAUUAAACACAAAAAUAAGUAACAAUGAAUAGAUUUUGCUCCAAUACUUGUAUAGAGUAUCUCAGAAUGACUUACUUCUUAGCUGCACACUCAUCUUCCUCUGCCUCCUAAUGCACAUCACGGCAUUCUGACAGCGCAGUGUCACUCUGUGCCAGUCAUUACAUUGUUUGGAAACUAUGUAAAACGAACAAUUCUAAAAGCAACUUUCCACCUGGGCUAUUUCCUCUUUGCUGACUUGAAGAAUAAAUUUGUAUUUGUAUAUGUUGUAAAAAAAUAAAUGGUUUAAGAUGUUGA